CUUAUCCAUCCAGCGAUACCUGGGACGGCCAACUAGGCGUCGUCCCAUGUAUGCGCGUUUGACACCACGAACAUCAUCCAUUCUUUCUAAGUGGCCGAGCCAGCGGAGACGUUGGGAAUAAGGAAAAAUGCUGAGAUUGAGAAACUAGUAGCCGAGCACAACAUCACUGGCGAGAUAAAAACAUUUUUAUAUUUGUUAGGUUAUAAAUUUAGAUUUUCUUACAUAAAAUCAAUACUUAAAUGAUCGUUUGACUGGCUUUCUAGAUUAUCAGGUCAUUAGUUUUAAGCGGGCGCAUCCUCGAGGAGUGCAGUGAAAAAUAAAACUCUGUCACAAAUAGCCCCGUUUCCAUGGCAACCCCCUACUGCACACGCUUCAGCGCUUGUUUACGUUGCUACGACGUUGACAACUUGGCCAUUUCUCAGUCGAUCGUUGUUGUGUCGAGACAAAAAUGUUCUGGGGAACUAGUCCUGCACUAGAUUUGCAAGAGGAGUAUUUAAAACAUGGAGAUGAAAACUCGUAUGAGCUCAAUUUUUUAGUCAUCGGUGGCUGUGAUGCACGACACCUUAUCAAGACUCUGGCUCAAGCAUACCGCCACACGAGGCGUUAUAUGAACAUAUUUGUCAUCGAUGGUUGUCCGGAGCUCAUCGCAAGACAACUUCUAUUAAUGUCCCUCGCUUUAGAAAGAACAACGAAAUGCGGUCUACUCGAAAAGACCAGGCGGUUCUUGGAAGUAUAUGGUAAUAUUCUCCUUCGACCUUCCACCUCCAGGUAUUUGACCGCAAAAGCACGUCAACUAAUUGGCAUGAUUACCAACACUGAAUACAUGAGCUGCCUCCUACCAUGCAUAUCUAUAGACCAGAUGAAAUACCGCGAAAGGGACUACAUUGAAAAUCUAUUCAAUUUCUGGACAACAGGAAAUACGAAUCAGUUUAAUGCGUGCGAGCUCUGGGAGCAUCGAGUGAGACAUAGCCUCGGCUUGCGAUACGACACCAGAGCCGGGGUCUUCGACUGGGAUUACCACAUGCGCCUGAGAGAAAUAGCGAAGCAAAUAUCUUUCCAGGAAUAUAAGCAUUUUAGGGAACAUGGAGUGCCAUUUACUUGGCUGGAAACGGAGGUAUGUCGACCAAAUGUCACGUUUGCAGCUGGUGUAUACAAGUGCGGGGAGAGAUACUUGCACCGCGGAUAUCUCGGAGAUAUUGUGACGUCACCGUACAUAGCGUAUGGAUUAGAUUGCGAAGAUAAGGAUAUGUUACGUUCUACUCAGGGUGCUAAUUUUAAAAGAGCGACCGAUGUAUCUGAGCGUAACGUCAUGCGGAUGCUGUACGAACUUGAAAAUCGCCAGAAGUUUGAUGUUAAUUUAAUGAACUUGGAGGAUGAGAAGAAUUUGGGUUUGGUGGUGAUGAGUCAGAUAGACGCUAAGAUCUCUGAGAGUGUGCCUGAAGCACCUUUAUUGCUUAGAGAAGAUCGUGAUACUUACAUCAACGUUGAUUAUGGUAAGGUUCAUUUUCUUUCUCUGUCUGCUUUGGAUCAGUAUCCUCACAAGCCGCCCUUUCAAGGCUUAUUCCAUGGCGUCUUCGUUGGACAGAAUAUGCUCCCGCGUAUAAAGCCUAGCGUGUGGUCAAUGGCGAGAGACGAUGCUGUCGUAAUUAUGGACACUCGUAAAUACUUGGUGGAGUUCUUGAAGGAAGACGUGAAAGCUUUCGGUGAACAAAUACAGCAGGCCGCGGCGACAGCACAGUGCAACAAGAAAUCCACGUUCGAUCCCGAAAAAGAUGACUUUGCAAAGUUUUUAAUUAGAAGGAAAAGUGAAAGUACCGAUGUAUCUGUUUAA